AACGGCUUGUUGUUGUGACGGAACACUACGAAAGCAGUAUAAAUGAUUUCCAGAAACAGGUUCAAACUGUCAGCCCAGAGAGAGUUCUCCAGAUAGCCUAUGAGGCCUUGGAGGGACUAGAGUUUAUGAACAAACAUGGAAUGGUUCACAGAGCCCUCAAUGCACAGAAUUUCCUCAUGGAUGGCAAGGGCAAGGUGAAGCUGGCUAAGUUUGGGCUCUAUUACAUGACAGACCACGGGGCGGAUGUGGACUUUCCUAUUGGGUACCCAUCCUAUCUGGCUCCAGAGGUCAUCGCCCAGGGGCUCAGUCCACCUAGUGACCCCUCCCAGGGGAGAACCCUUCCCUCGGGCCAAGACAGAGUGUGGUCCCUGGGCCUGCUCUUUGAGCUGUGUGCAGGUAGAAGACUACUGCAGAACAUUGAAAUAAGCGAGAGAUUGAAAUUCAUCAUCACCUUGGGUUGCAUGACGACAUAGUCACAGUCCUUGCAGAGGAGCACGGAUGCUUGGAUGCGAUUAGGGAGCUGCCUGAGAACGUCC